AUGUAUUUGCCCAGCACAGUAAGUGAUGUGCCACUUGAGGCCGAUGAUCCAAACACUGAAUCCCUUAACCCGGGUGAAUGUUUCUCUGCAGGAGAACAUUUGAAUGAAGAAGAUCCGCAGUCAUCUACAACAGUAAUUUCACCUUUUCCUCAGGGAAAUGCAAGAAAAUCCAGAAGGAAGGCCAAGGAAAGUUACCAAGAUGUUCUUACCACGAGUCCAUACCUAUAG